AUGGCUAGGCUCUGCGCUUUCCUGAUGGUCCUGACAGUGAUGAGCUACUGGUCAACCUGCUCUCUAGGAUGUGACCUGCCUCAGACUCAUAACCUCGGGAACAAGAGAACCUUGACACUCUUGAUACAAAUGAGGAGACUCUCCCCUCUCUCCUGCCUGAAGUACAGAAAGGACUUUGGAUUCCCCCAGGAGAAGGUGGAUGCCCAGCAUAUCCAGGAGGCUCAAGCCAUCCCUGUCCUACAAGAGCUGACCCAGCAGAUCCUGACCCUCUUCACAUCAAAGGACUCAUCUGCUGCUUGGAAUGCAACCCUCCUAGACUCAUUCUGCAAUGACCUCCAUCAGCAGCUCAACGACCUGCAAGGCUGUCUGAUGCAGGAGGUGGGGGUGCAGGAACUUCCCCUGACCCAGGAAGACUCCCUGCUGGCUGUGAGGAAAUACUUCCACAGGAUCACUGUGUACCUGAGAGAGAAGAAACACAGUCCCUGUGCCUGGGAGGUGGUCAGAGCAGAAGUCUGGAGAGCCCUGUCUUCCUCUGCCAAUGUGCUGGGAAGACUGAGAGAAGAGAAAUGA